GAAGAGCAUCCGUGGGAUGCGGGGAGCAGAUUAAUAGAUCGGGGAGAGAGCUGCUCAGGGAGAUGGGCGGGACUGCAUCCUGCACCUGCCGGCAGCCGGGGAGCAGAGACUGCCUGGGAACCGACUGCACCGGAGAUCACAGCAUCAAGAUCACCGAGACCACUCAACACUCACUGGAAUGCGAUCACUGAGACCACUCCAUACACUGGACAGAGAUCACCGAGACCACCGCACGCACUGGACUGCGAUCACUGAGACCACUGCACACACUGGGUAAAGAUGAAGGGGUUGAAUCGAUAUUUCACUAAGGCUCUGCAUAGAAUGCAGAAAGGGCCCGGUUAUACCUACAAAGAGCUGCUUGUCUGGUUCUGUGAUAAUACCAACACCCAUGGCCCCAAACGCAUCAUCAAAGAGGGACCAAAGAAGAGAGUCAUGUGGUUCAUCCUGACGAUGGUCUUUGCUGCGCUUGUGUUUUGGCAAUGGGGGCUCCUAAUCCAAACCUACCUUUCCUAUGGUGUAAGCGUGUCGCUCAAUAUAGGAUUUAAAGCCAUGGAAUUCCCAGCUGUGACGGUGUGCAACGCCAAUCCAUUCAAGUAUUCACGGGUCAAACAUCUCCUUAAGGAUCUGGAUGAAUUGGUUGAUACUGCAUUGGAUCGAAUCCAGUUUUCUAGCCAAAGCGGCAAUGGAAUAUUCAUUCCAUCCAGCAAUAUCAGUGGUAAUGUGACCCUGGACCCCAACCUUUGGAAUCACAUGCCCCUGGUUGUCAUAGAUGAGAAUGAUCCAAACAACCCUAUUAUCCAUAAUAUCUUUGACAGUAGUACGGAUUUUUCAAACCCUAGUUCAAUGGGAAACGCAAGCUCCUCGGGCAACCGAACAUCAUACGCUCAAAGAUUCAAAAUUGCUAUAAAGCUGUGCAGAAACGAUGGUACACAGUGUAUGUACCGGAACUACACCAGUGGGAUUCAAGCCUUAAAUGAAUGGUACCUCCUGCAGAUCUCAAGUCUCUUUUCCAAAGUUCCAGAAUCAGAGAGGAUUCACAUGGGUUUCAAAGCAGAGGAAAUGAUCCUCACUUGCUUAUUUGGCGGUCAGGCCUGCAGCUACAGAAAUUUUACACAUAUUUAUGAUCCUGAUUAUGGAAACUGUUAUAUUUUUAAUUGGGGACAGGAAGGAGAAGAGCUUAUGGUUUCGGCAAGUCCAGGAGCUGACUUUGGAUUAAGGUUGGUUCUGGACAUAAAUCAGGAGGAAUACAUUCCGUUCCUCCAGACGACAGCCGCAGCCAGACUUAUUCUGCACCAACAGCGAAGUUUCCCAUUCCUCAGAGACUUGGGGAUUUAUGCCAUGGCUGGGUCCGAGACUUCAAUUUCUGUCCUUGUGGAUGGAAUACAACAUUUAGAGGCACCAUACUCUACCUGCACAAAUGAUGGAUCUGAUGUUCCCGUGAAGAAUUUGUAUGCAGAGUAUAACAGCUCCUAUACAAUCCAGUCUUGCCUUAGGUCUUGUUUUCAAGAACAAAUGGUGGCUACGUGUCAGUGCGCCUAUUACCUGUACCCGCUGCCGCAAGGAUCAAAGUAUUGUAAUAAUCAGGAGCAUCCAGACUGGGUGCCGUGUUACUAUGAGCUGAGAGACUCCGUAGCUAAUAGAGAGAGCUGUAUAAGUGUGUGCCAGCAGCCCUGCAACGACACUCAGUAUAAAAUGACCAUUUCUAUGGCAGACUGGCCAUCCGCGGGAUCAGAGGACUGGAUUUAUCAUGUCCUGUCAUAUGAGAAAGACUCCAGCCAUAACAUCACAGUUAAUCGGAACGGCAUCGUCAGGCUAAACAUCUACUUUCAGGAAUUUAACUACCGCAGCAUCGGGGAGUCUGCAGCCACUAACGUGGUUUGGUUGCUUUCAAACCUGGGGGGGCAGUUUGGCUUCUGGAUGGGUGGAUCGGUCCUUUGCAUCAUUGAGUUUGGAGAGAUUAUAAUAGACUGUUUCUGGAUCACCAUACUCAAACUCAUCGCGUGGAAAAAAGACAGGAGGCAAAGGAGAAGGCAACCCGAGUAUUCAGACGCCCCUCCAACCGUGUCUGAGCUGGUGGAAGCUCAUACCAAUCAUGGCUUCCGUCAUGAGGACCUCGACCGUAUAAGCAUGGCUAUUCCAGGCACACCUCCUCCAAACUAUGACUCUCUCCGGGUCCAGCCGGUCGAUGCUAUUGAACCUAUGUCGAGCGAUGAGGAAAAUUAGAAGACAACUGGCAAUCGCUGCUAACAAUCAGAGAUUAUCAUAGAAUAAAUAUAUAUCUAUUAUUACCCAACACUGUAUCAAUCACAUGGUUCUGUUAUAUAUAUUUUAUAUUUGAUAAAUACUAGCCAUUGUCUCUGUUGACCAUUUGGACUGGUGAAAUCCAGGAUAAAAAUUCAAUCUACUGUAAUACUUGCUAAUUAUUGUAAAUCAUCAUAGAAAUUAGGAUUAGAUAACAUUAGUAGCUUUCCAUGAUUAUUCCCUGGAUUUGGCCUGCCGGGAAAAAAUGACUUAAUUUCUUCUGCAGACAGUUACUGUUCACUUUUAGAUAUUUUUUUAAAUGACUAUUGGUAAUCACAGAUGUAUUCAAGGUUCAAGAAAAAUAAAAAUUGACUUAUUUUGAUUAU